CCGGAAGGUCCCGUCACCCUGACCAGAUCGGACACCAUGUCAGGCAGCCAAGAUACAGGACAAGGGUUGAACCCGCAAGCUCGAGAGUUCAAACUACAAGACAGCGGUAAUAACCAGUCCUACCUGUCACGUAUCGGAUCGAGUUUCAACCAGGGGAGAGUCGACCCGGUUGUAUGGAAGCAAUGUCAGAGAGGACCGCACGAUCAAUCGCAACUCAGAGGCGUUCACAGCAUGAACACAGCUAAUCGACCAUACUUGAAGAACAUCGGUGGACAUCCUCUCCAUUCCGGACAUCGGUCCGACGAUUACUGGGUUGAAAAUGAAAGGGGUUUUACCACUGGUCAUAUGGGCGCGAGACACCAAGAGCAUAGGCUUUCUCCGGGGAUCAUGAACCUAUCGUUACCUGUCGGCGAGAAUUCUUUCGCUCGCCCCAGUCAAACAUCACUGAAACUGCCAGAAAAAUCGUUACGCUCUGAGGCGCUGGUUGUGAAAUACUCGCCGAAGGACGUGACAGCACCGCGAACUGAAACUACGCCGCAAAGACGCGACCCUAGGGAGGUAGAACCUGAUUGGCAUUGCAGGAUGUGCGGAACAGCAUACACUAAUGAGGUCAGCCGAUGUAUCUUGUGUCCUAUGCCCGACAUGGACGUUACUCUUUCGCACAAUCCUGGUUACAUUCGAAACAAUCUGCAGCUGGAUAAUCAAAGGGACGGAAACCUUCUCGGGAGUGGCGACAUCUUACAGAGCGUCACGGACACUAUGCGACGCGGGUUUUGUCUUCCGCUAGCGAAAAGUCACGAGACAUACCCGUCUCCAACAAUCGUCUUGGAUAAACUCUCAAAACACGUAGAAUCGCUCAUGCGGUUGGGGCAUUCGGGAGUCGAGUUGAAGGAUGUCAUCGUAGAAGGAGAUGUGGGACUGUGUAUGGAUUUGGGCAUGAAGGGAUUGAUUGGCAAGGAGGCGCUGAACCCCUGGAAGACCUUGUCCAUCAACAUACCGGAUCAACCAUUUCUGAAGCAAAUUCCUAAACCUCCGCUGGGAAGCGUUGCUGGAGAUUGGACCUGUUCUUGUGGUAGGGAGAAUUGGGCGAAGCGUUCGGUCUGUUCGAGAUGCUUCCCAGGGAUCGAACCGGAAUACAAAGCGAUAGUAUACAAUCGAGUGAGACCAAUUUUUGAGUUGGUUACAUCCCAACUGCGAGAAGUGCACCUGCGUUUAGAUGCGGAAAAACUCAGCUCUGAGGAGCGCAGGUUGCGACGCAGGGAGACUAAACCUUGACAUUGAAAAGCGAUUGUAUUAUUGAAUUCUUUUUUGGCGAUCGGAGUGAUUAUGUUCAGCUCGGCCCAUUAGUAACGCCUGAUAAGCA